CCAGGUCCAGCGCUCAGCCCUGCCUGCUGCACUCCCCUGGCCAGAGCAUCCCCGGCACGCAGGACCCUGUCCCCUCCUCACCUGUCCCUGCAGCACCAUGUCCAGGGAGCUGGACGAUCCCUGCCAGGCACUGCCCAUUCUCCCACCCCACUAGCAUCUGUCUGCAGCCCCAAAUCCACCACCCUUCUCCCCAGUGCCAGCGACUAGCCGGACUGAUGAAAAGGCGUUCGUAGCCCAUCCCCAUGGCCUUUGCGCUGACUGCCCAGCGUGACACCAAGCUAUCAGGGAAAGGCCUGGCUCCUCCACACCCCGCCACGCACCCCGCUCAUCUGAGUCCAAAGUCCCCCCCACUGCAGGCUCUGCCAGCGCUGGAGGCUCUGCCCGCCGUGUCGGGUGCCCAGAUACCACCAUGCAGCACCUGGCACCCUUCGCGCUCUGCCUGGGCCUCUGGGCUGGGCUGGGCAGCGCCGUCAUCCCAGCGGAGGAGGAGGAGCCGGCCUUCUGGAACAAGCAGGCAGCCGAUGCCAUCGAAGCCUCCUUCCAGCUGCAGCCCAAGCUGAGCCAAGCCAAAAACCUCAUCCUCUUCCUCGGGGACGGCUUCGGGAUCCCAACCAUCACGGCCACCCGCAUCCUAAAGGGGCAAAUGCAGGGGAAGCUGGGCCCCGAGACACCCCUCGCCCUGGACGCUUUCCCCUACGUGGCUCUCUCCAAGACCUACAACGUGGACCGGCAGGUGCCCGACAGCGCGGGCACGGCCACGGCGUACCUCUGCGGGGUGAAGGGCAACUACCAGACGGUGGGGCUGAGCGCGGCCGCCCGCUACUCGCAGUGCAACACCACGGCGGGCAACGAGGUGGUCUCGGUGCUGAAGCGAGCCCGCAAAGCCGGGAAGGCCGUGGGCAUCGUGACGACGACGCGGGUGCAGCACGCCUCGCCCUCGGGCACCUACGCCCACGUGGUGAACCGCAACUGGUACGCCGACGCCAGCAUGCCGCAGGACGCCCUGAGCCAGGGCUGCAAGGACAUCGCCUGGCAGCUCGUCCACAACGUCGACAUCAACGUGAUCCUCGGCGGCGGCCGGCAGUACAUGACCCCCACGGGGACGCCGGACCCUGAGUAUCCCACCUACUCCAAUGCCAGCGGGGUGCGCCAGGAUGGGCUCAACCUCAUCGACGUGUGGCUGGCAACCAGGCCGGGCGCCCGCUAUGUCUGGAACAGGACGGAGAUGCUGGAGGCGGCCGCGGACCCCGAUGUGAAUUACUUGAUGGGGCUGUUUGAGCCCAGAGACCUGAAGUACAACAUGACGCACAACACCACCCUGGACCCCUCGCUCAGCGAGAUGACGGAGGCGGCCAUCACGAUCCUGAGCAGGAACCCCAAUGGCUUCUACCUCUUUGUGGAAGGUGGCAGGAUCGACCACGGCCACCACGAGGGCACGGCCCACAAGGCACUGACGGAGGCGGUGGAGUUCGACGACGCCAUCGAGCGGGCGGGCGCCCUGACGGACGAGGCCCAGACCCUCACCGUGGUCACCGCCGACCACUCGCACGUCUUCUCCUUCGGUGGCUACACGCUGCGCGGCAGCUCCAUCUUCGGCCUGGCCCCCAGCAAAGCCUCUGACCUGAAGAACUACACGUCCAUCCUCUACGGGAACGGGCCCGGCUAUGUGGAGGCUGCCAGCCGGGACGAUGUGAACAGCAACACAGCCGAGCUGUUCGACUACCAGCAGCAGGCGGCUGUGCCCCUCAGCUCCGAGACCCACGGCGGUGAGGACGUGGCCAUCCUGGCCAAGGGCCCCAUGGCCCACCUCUUCCACGGCGUGCAGGAGCAGACCUACGUGGCCCACGCCAUGGCCUACGCCGCCUGCCUCGAGCCCUACAGCUCGUGCCGCCAGCGGAGCUCGGCCCCCAGCACCCGCACCGGCCCCCUGGUCCUGCUCAUGGCUCCUCUUCUCCUCCUGCCCCUUUUCUGCUAGCCCCAUGGCCCAGCGGUGCCUCCGCCUGCCCCUCCAGAUGCGGUGCCUGUGGCUCUUCGGAGCAUCCCCGGUCCGGAGGAGGUGGCUGCUCCCCGUGCGGGGAGCUCGGGGUUCAAUAAAUAUGGGCUGUGACGACCA